UCAAAAUCAAUAAACAAACCAUAAAAAGUUAAAUACUUGUAGUAGCUCCUCCAGUAGUAGUUGCCUUGUCGUCUGUCCGGUUUCAAGUUCCUUCACUCUCUUCUUCUAACCUUGUUCUCCGUUUCACUCUACCGUGGGACUGGGAGUCAAUCACCAGCUCCGUUCACUCGUCCAUCCAGCAGCGCGACCUUCUUAUUUCCAGAUCUCGCAGCCAGCAACGGUUGUCGAUCCCGCGCAGGGGGCGGAUCUACUGCGACCGUGUUGUUCGGGUGCAUUUCCUCUGCAAAUUCUACAGACUACAGCCUGUCUUCACCAUUCGAUUUGAGAUAUUUCAAAGUACGGAUUCUAUAUUGAAGCAUUCAUCCACUUUUCUUGAGAGCGUCUUUUCGGGUUCAGGAACAGAUGAUUGAUUUACUGUCAGGCUAACAAUGUCGAGGAUCACAAAGUGGAAGACUGAGAAAACAAAGGUCAAAGUGGUAUUUCGACUGCAAUUUCAUGCUACACAUGUCCCACAGUCAGGAUGGGAUAAGCUUUUCAUAUCUCUCAUUCCUGCUGAUUCCGGGAAAGCAACAGCAAAGACUAACAAGGCCAAUGUGAGAAAUAGUUCCUGCAAGUGGGCAGAUCCUAUCUAUGAGACUACACGACUUCUCCAAGACAUAAAAACUAAGCGAUAUGAUGAAAAACUCUAUAAGCUUGUGGUUUCCAUGGGUUCCUCCCGGUCUACCAUCCUUGGAGAAGCUGCUAUUAAUCUUUCUGAUUAUGCUGAAGCACUAAAACCUUUAGUUGUAACUCUCCCUCUUCAUGGAUGUGAUUCCGGAACCACUUUACAUGUUACUGUACAGCUUCUAACUUCGAAAACAGGUUUCAGAGAGUUUGAGCAGCAAAGGGAAAUCACAGAGAAGGGUUUGCCAACUGAGCAGAGCAGCCCUGAAGAAUCUCGUGGCAGGAAAGUGUCAUCUUCUGAAGAAGCUCUCAGUGAUCAGGUGGACAAGGCCAAUUCUCGAGUCAGAUCCAAGGAAAAAUUUCAGGAUUUCAAUUUAGUUGAGCAGAUGAGGCAGAGCGUGGAUUAUGCAGAAUCAACUAUUGGAUAUGAUGGUUCUUCAAAUGCCUCUGAAGGUUUAUAUGCUGAGAAGCAUGAUGUAUCCAGCACACAUGAGAUUGAAAGUUUGAAGAGUACUGUUUCCGGUGACUUAGCUGGAUAUACCAUUGGUCUGAGUCCCCAAACAGAUACUGACACGGCAGCUGCUUAUGAAGAGAAUAAGAGACUUAGGAGAAGUCUGGAAUUAGCUGAAUCAUCUAUUCAUGAGCUCAAGCAGGAAGUGAGCUUUUUGCAAAGUAAUGCUGAUGAAAUAGGCUAUGAAGCAAAAAAGUUCGCAAAACAGCUCACAGAUGAGAUUGCUUCCGGAGAAGAUCUAGGAAAAGAGGUAUAUGUUUUGAAAUCAGAGUGUUCAAAGCUGAAACAUGAUCUCGAAGACCUAAAAUUAUCCAGAUUGUGUCGCCCUAUCAGAGAACUAGAAACAAUGGAGACAGGACAAGCUCCUACCAAUGUGGAGUUACAGCUAAGCUGGAUGAAUGGAAUUUUAACUGCGGAGGAGAAGAUAAAGGAGCUACAGGGUAAAACAGGUUCUGGAUACCAUGAAAGAGAUGCUAGGUUGCUUCACUCGGAAUUAGAGAUAUUACUAAGCACUUUACAGAAUCUGAGGAAGGGAACUGAGCAAGUAGUAUGCAGCCUGAAAAAGGGAACACCCAGAGGAACGGGCUUGAAGGAGAUUAGAGAAAUGGGUUCACAUAAACUUGGUCAGUCUGGAAUUGGAACUGGGUUUGAUAUGGACUCUUAUGAGCCUGAACUAGGAAUACUUCAUUUUCUUGGUUCACCUAGCAUAACUGCUCAUGAACAUGGGUCUGAAGAUGCCAUCACGGCGAUGAAAGAUAAAACUUUUGAACUUAUUAGAGAGUUGGAUGAGUCAAAAGCUGAACGUGAAAACCUUGUCAAGAAAAUGGAUCAGAUGGAGUGCUACUAUGAAGCCCUGGUACAGGAGCUUGAAGAAAAUCAGAGGCAAAUGGUAUCUGAGUUACAGAAGCUAAGAAAUGAGCACUCCGCUUGCUUGUAUUCGAUUUCAUCUACUAAGGUUGAGAUGGAGACAUUGCAUGAAGAUUUGAACAGCCAGAUUGUAAAACUUUCUGAAGAGAAACAUGACCUGGAGUCUCACAGUAAGGAGCUUGAGAGAAGGGCUCAUACAGCAGAGGCGGCUCUCAAAAGGGCACGCUUGAAUUACUCUAUUGCUGUGGACCAGUUACAGAAGGACCUUGAACUUCUUUCUUUGCAAGUUUCAUCAAUGUUCGAGACUAAUGAGAAUCUCAUUAGGCAAGCUUUUACUGACUCAUUGCAAUCAAGCUUUCAAGACAACCAGGAAAUGGAACAUAGUCAAAUGCUCGACUCUGCAACACUCUCAACAGGACACCUGAAGCUUCAUAAUCAGUUUAUCACGGUGAAGAAACAGCAGCUAGGAGGAGACAUCCUUCUAGAUGACUUGAAAAGAUCACUUCACUUGCAGGAAGGGCUUUACCACAAAGUUGAGGAAGAAGUUUGCGAGAUGCAUUUUGUGAAUAUAUAUCUUGACGUAUUCUCCAAGAUUCUACAGGAAACUUUGUUCGAAGUAGGUGAUGGUGCCAAAUAUAUGGCACAAGAACGUGAGGAACUGACAAAGCAACUUGAGAUGUUGACAGAGAAGAUUACUGAAUCUGAAUCUCUCUUGAUGCAAUAUAGCGACUGUGACAGCCAAUAUAAGGCCUGUGCUGCAGAGAAGAUGGAGCUGGAACUCUUACUUGAAAGAAAAACACUGGAUUGUGUUGAUCUUACAAAUCAAAUAUUCUCUUUGCAUGAAGAGUUGAAAACAGUCAGAUCUGCAUUUGACGAGGCUACUCUGGCUAAGGGAGAUUUUGAGAGUUCAGUUAAUCUUGUGCAAGAGAGUAUGCGUAACUUAAUGCUAUCCUCCCAGAAAAAGAUCAAUGGACUGCUUCAGGUAGAUUUGGCUGUUGAUGAGGACUUAAGGUCAAUGGACCUGGCUACUACUCUAAUGCGGGUGGAGGAGUUUCAGAGCAAAGCAUGCAAACAGAUUAUCCAGCUAAUGGCAGAGAAGAAAGAUUUGCUGCGUGAUAGAGAUGCUGCAGUCGCAUUGUCUUCUGAGGUUAGGUCAGAGCUCGAGUAUUGUCAGCGAAAUCUGACUAAUAAGUUCAGUGUAUCAAAUGCUUUAGUUCAGAAGCUUCAAUCCCGUGUGGAUGGCGUAGCUAAAACAUUCCAGUUUAGCUCUGAGGUUGAAGAGAAAUAUGUACAGCAGUUCAGUUUCAUUGUUUCUGAACUAGACCAUUUUGAAUUCGAACUGCAAGAACUUGCUUCUAAGAACAGUGAUCUUGCUCUGGGAAUCACUAGUGUGGGAAUUUUGGCCAAUGAGCUUGAAAUGACUCGUUUGAAAGCAGCAGAACUUACAGAAGAAAACCUCGGGUUGGUAGCAUCUUUGCAGGAAAAGAAUUUGAAGCACACAGAACUUUCAUCAGAGAUGAGAAACUUGAAAGAAAGUUUGCAAUUUGUUCGUGAUGAAAAUGAAGCAUUGGUCCUAUCUUCGUUGGACAAAGUGGCUGAGUCUCAGAAGCUUGUUUCAGAGAUAAACAGCUUGAAUGAUAAGUUGCAGUCUCUGCACGCUGAGAAUCAAGUUCUGAAAGAGUCUUUAAGUGAUAAUACUGAAGAAGCUUCCAGAUCUGCAUUGGAGGGUGAUAGUCUGAAGGAAACUUUGAGUUUUUUGCGAGAUGAAAACCAAGCUCUGAUAAGAUCUUUACAAGAAAAAACAGAUGAAUUUGCCAUAUCUUUGCUGGAAAUGAAAAGUUUGCAAGAAAGUUUACAGACCCUGCAGGAUGAAAAUAAAGCUUUAGCGGUUUGUUCGCAGGAGAAAGUGGAGGAGUUUUCCGAGCUUCGUGCAGAGCUGGACAGUUUGAAAGAAAGCUUGCAACUGAUGCAUUCUGAAAAAGAAUCUCUAUUGGCAUGUUCAAGGGCGAAAGGUGACGAAGCAGCUGACCUCUUGGUACAGCUGAACACUUCGAAGGAGAGUGUGGCAUCCGUUUUGGAUGAAAACCGAAUUUUGAAGGCAUCUUUCCUAGAAAAAUCUGAGGAAUCUAGCAAGUUUUUGUCAGAAUUGAAUAACUUAAGAGGAUCCCUGCAAUCUUUGCAUGAUGAAAACCAUACUAUGAUGAUGUCCUUACAGGAUAAAAGUGCAGAGCUGGACAGUUUGAAAGAAAGCAUGCAGCUGAUGCAUUCUGAAAAAGAAUCUUUAUUGGCAUGUUCAAGGGAGAAAGGCGACGAAGCAGCUGACCUCUUGGUACAGCUAAACACUUCGAAGGAGAGUGUGGCAUCCCUUUUGGAUGAAAACCGAGUUUUGAAGGCAUCUUUCCAAGAAAAUUCUGAGGAAUCUAGCAAAUUUGCGUCAGAGUUGAAUAACUUAAGAGGAACCCUGCAAUCUUUGAAUGAUGAAAACCAAACUAUGAUGAUGUCCUUACAGGAUAAAAGUGGGGACAUACUGAGGCUUACAUCUGAAAUAGACAUGUUGAAGAAUGCUUUGCAGACUAUGCAGAAUGAAUUGUAUGAGGAGAAAAUAUUGAGGGCUGGUUUGGAGAGUAAAAUUACAGAUCUGACUUCCCUCUUAGGUGACAAGGAACACCAGUUAUCCCAGCUUCAUCAAUAUGAGUCUGACUUGGUUCAUCUCAAGCAAUUCAUGUCUGGCCUUGAAACAGAGAAGUCAAUAAUGUGUAAGAAGUUGUUGCAUUAUGAAGAGUGUCUCAAUUAUGCUCGAGAAGAAUCCGCAUCAUCUGUUUCUUGUCUAGAAACUCAGUUGUCCGAAAUGCAUGAAUACUCAAUAGCUUCACAUAUUGGAUUCAUUUUCAUGAAGACCCAGUAUGAAGAAAGGGUAGAAGAACUUUUGCAGGAACUAAACUUCUUGAAGAAGCAUUAUACUAAAUCUCAGAUGAGGUGUGCUGAUUUAGAAACUAUCCUUGAUCAGAGCCUUGCUAGUGAAAUCCGGUAUGCUACAGAGAGUGCAAUGUUGUUGACAAGCCUUAACUCAAGUAGGUCAGAGUUAGAAGCUUGUUUAAAUGAAAAUAGUUUACUUAAAGAAGCUCAAAUAGCAUUAAUGGAGGAGAACAAGGAGGACAGCUGUAUGGCUCCUAAGGCAGGGACUGGUGGAUAUGAAGAAAAAGGUCAUCAUCACCUUGGGAUAGAAAGGCUGAAGGGCUUGCUGGUUUGGUACGAGGGAGAGGUAGACAAGCUGAUGCUUUCCAAGGAGGAGCUGGAAGUUAAGGUCGUGGUACUCAAGGGUAAAUUGGAUGAACAGGACACCUGGAUCAAUUCCCAGGAAGGAUACAGUGAUGAAUUUGCAGUGCUUCAGAAGCAGUGCGAUGAACUUAAGCAGAAACUAUCCGAACAGACUUUCAAGACGGAAGAAUUCAGAAAUUUGUCUGUCCAUUUGAGGGAGCUUAAAGACAAAGCUGAUGCUGAAAAUGUGAACUCACAAGCAUGCGAAACCAGAGGGCUUGAAGGCUCACCUGCACGAAUGCAAGAGUCCUUGAGAAUUGCUUUUAUCAAAGAACAGUAUGAAAUCAAGCUGCAAGAACUGAAACAACAGCUGUCAAUCUCCAAAAAACAUAGCGAUGAAAUGCUGUGGAAAUUACAAGAUGCAAUCGAUGACAUUGAGAGUAGGAAAAAGUCUGAAUAUCAUUACUUGAAGAAAAAUGAGGAACUGGGAAUGAAGAUCUUGGAAUUGGAGAGUGAACUGCAAGCUUUACUCUCUGAGAAGCGUGAGAAAGUGAAUACUUAUGAUCGGAUGAAGGCGGAAUUGGAGUGCUCAUUAAUAAGCCUUGAUUGCUGCAAGGAAGAAAAACAGAAACUUGAAGCUUCUUUGGAACACUGUAAUGAGGAAAAAUCUAGGAUUGCUGGUGAACUUAUGUUGGUUAAAGGAUUGCUGGAGAAACCCAAAUUAACCACUCAUAUUCAAGAGGAAGAAAGUGAAGAGCUUUCUACAGUGGACUGCAUAUCUUCUGACGUUGUAUCUAGAAGAAAUGGUCAAGUUAGGGAUCCUGCUGCGGUCAAUGUGGACAUACCUGAGCAUUUGGGACAAUUUAUUGCAAGGAAUCAUGAUGGGCCAGAACAAGCAUCCACAGCUACGGUUGAUGAAUUCAAUCAUUCAAGGACUCUGAUCAAUGUGGCAUCUGAGAAGGAUGGUUUCAUACAUUCCGAUGUAAAUGGAAAUCAGAGUCCUGGGAUUGAAAGACAAGAUAGGCUGAUGAAUGAUGAUAUGAAGCAUUUAACUCUCAUUAACGAUCACUUUAGAGCUGAAAGCUUGAGGUCUAGCAUGGACCACUUGACUAAUGAGCUGGAGAGGAUGAAAAAUGAGAAUUCAUUUCUGCAAGAUGACUCUUUUAUCGAGCAAAAGUUUCCAGAUUUGCAAAGUGAACUCCAGCGGUUGCAGCAGGCCAAUGAAGAACUAGGAAGGAGAUUCCCGUCGUUUAAGGAAUUUUCUGGAAGCGGGAAUUCUAUUGACCGGGUUCUUGCAUUGGAAAUGGAACUUGCAGAAGCAUUGCAGGUGAAAAAUCAAUCUGAAAUCCACUUUCAGAGUUCCUUCCUGAAACAACACAGUGAUGAGGAAGCGGUGUUCAAAAGCUUUAGAGACAUCAAUCAUCUUAUCCAAGACAUGCUGGAAACAAAGGGAAGAUACACAGCCCUGGAGAACGAACUACGAGAAAUGCACAACCGUUACUCUCAGCUGAGCCUACAAUUUGCUGAGGUUGAAGGGGAAAGGCAGAAGCUGAUGAUGACACUCAAGAAUGUACGUGCAACCAAGAAGACAUUGCUCCUAAACCGCUCUUCGUCGGCUUCUCUUGAUGACAGUGUCUGAUAGCAGUCUGCAUAUAUCUACUGCCGAGCUUAGUAAAUGAUCUCUUAUUGUCGACCCUUUGUCAAGUGACUCACUGGGUUAAAGCUACUGCAGUGCCAAAGCUUCUUCAGAUGUAGGGAAACUCAGGCUUACUUAUGGAGCAAGAAAAGAAACAGGAGGGGAAUCAAACCAACAAUUCUACCUUUAUUCUGUAAAUAGAACAUAAGGUAUAGCUCCUUGUAACGUUUUGAUCUUUUUAGUUUAUUAUGUAAUCGAUCAAAUCAUAUACUGUAUAGCCGAGUAAGUUCAAAUUAUCAAACUUGGACACAGAAGGCCAAGCCAAUUUUGUUAGGCCUCUGAAACAAGAAGAACGCAAUCCACCGUAAAUCAAAUUGUCCAUUUUCUAUAUUUUCUUGCCCUGCUGAUGUUUCAUCACAGGAUAAAUGCUUCCAAAGGCUAGUUCAAUGACUUUGAGUUGGGGUGUUUGAACUCUCAAGGCUACUUUUCUGGUACAAAAUGAUAGUUGUCAACCCG